UCCUGGAUGGAAGAACUUAGUUUAUUCUAGUGGUGGUACAACAAAAACGGGUGAUACAUCCGCGCAAAGUUGUUGUGAAUCAUGUGUUGCUAACCCGAUCUGUGUACAAUGGGCCUUUGGCUCAAAAGGUUGUCUUCUGAAUGGAGGUGCAGAUACAUGUACCGGUCAAUUGUUUAAUAGUACCCAUAUUUUUGAUAGUGGUGAUAUUCGCUGUGUAGGUGGUUGUACUCCACUAGAUGGUACUACUGAAAUUACAAGUACUGAUAGCACUGAUAGUAUUGAUAAUAGUUUUGGUGAUAUGUUAUAUAAUUAUA